UGCGGAUGGAAACAAGAGUGGGCAUCCGCUGCGCUGCUGGGCGAAGAAGAAAGUUCGAGGGGAAGAUGCACGGAGAGGAGGAUGGCAGCGACGCGAAGUCGUGCUCGGCUGCUCGGGUCGUCUCCUCCCGGUCUUUGGAUGUGGAGGAGCUGGAGGGGGCGAAGGAGCAGGCCUCCAAGCUGUGCGGGUACUUGAACAAACUGUCCGGUAAGGGGCCUCUGAGAGGGUACAAGCCGAGGUGGUUCGUGUAUGAUCCGAGGAAAUGUUACUUGUAUUACUUCAAGACUCAACAGGACGCCCUGCCGCUCGGACACAUCGAGAUCGGAGACGCGUGUUUCAGCUACGACGUGGAGGGAGAGGAGGGUCAGUUUGAGAUCCGCACAGCCGGGAAGGAGUUUUUGCUUAAGGCUCCGAGCAGGCAGGUGAUGCAUUUCUGGCUCCAGCAGCUCCAGCAGAAGCGAUGGGAGUUCAGCAACACACGAGGGUCCGGUCAGAGAGACAGAUGGAGCUCCCCGACUCUUGCCUACCCGCCUACAGGCCUCGUGGGCAAAGACAAUGAUUUGUUAGUCCUGGAGAAGCUCAGCACCAGCCUGGAGAACAUCCGCAGUGACUUUGCCAUGGAGGCAGAGUCGGACAGCGGGGGAAACGUGGGGAUCCAUUCGGCCAGAGGUCCUUCUGCUGCUUCCACAAACACCCUCAACUUCUCCUUCAGAAACUUUGGUACAGAACUCAGGAACUCCAUGUCUAUCCUGCGGCCAGGGAGAGGAGGGGAGAGCAGACGCAGCGUGUUUUACACUGGCAACAGCAGCACGGAGGAGUGGGAGCUUGUGGACGCUCCAUCCAAGGACUUCCCUGAGCCCAAACAUCAUCAAGACACACAGAGACAUUCCUUCGGGUCAGCGUUUACUUUCGACUUUGUGCGCAACUCCUCCCGGCCUCGGAGGCCUUUGCUUCGUGACAUGAUGGCCCCCGGGAGGUUCGGACGGAACGCGGAGACGCGCAGCGCGGAGUCCUCUCCGGUGGAGGCAAACUGCGGCAAGCCUGUUGAGAUGCAGCUGCGCCUCCAGAGUCAACAGGAAGAACUGAGCCGCAUGCAGCAGGAACAGGCCACGCUCAGAGAGGAGCUGGCCAGUCAGAAGGAGCUGGUGAGACUUCUGCAGCAGACUCUGAGAACGUCACAGUGUGACAGGCAGCCCGUUCGACUUCCGGCCCCGGCUCCAGAUCCCUCUGCAGCGCCGGACCAGACUCCAGGCUCAUCAGUGGCCCAGGAGGAGAUCAACCAGUCUGAGGCCCUGCUUCAGGAAAGAGACGGACAGAUCCAUGCACUGUGCGGUCACAUGGAGCGUCUGGCCCUGGAGAAAGAGAGUCUGCAGCAAGAGCUGAAGGGCCUGAAAAUAAAAGUGGGGGAAAUAAACGAUCAGCUUGGGAUGCUGAUGGAGACGAUCCAGGCCAAGGAUGAAGUCAUUAUAAAGCUGUCACAGGACAGUGAGCAGAGCGGCAAUCCAAACGAUGGCAGUUCAUCGUCUCCCCUCAGAGAUCAGCAGGAGCUGGACAUCCUUAAGGACAGUCUUCAAGGCUACAAAUCCCAGAACAAGUUCCUGAACAAAGAGAUCCUGGAGCUGACAGUUUUACGCAGGAAUGCGGAAAGUAGAGAAAAAACUUUAGAAGCAAAGUGCACGGCCCUGGAGGCAAAGCUGUGUCAGGUGGAGAGCAAGUAUCUGGUGCUGCUUCAAGAGGUGAAAACCCCGGUGUGUUCGUCUUCAGAGCUGAGCCCGACCCACGAGGUCAUUUCAAGGUUGUUAGAGGACGCACUGCAGGCAGAGAGCUCCGACCACCAGGAGCACCCCAUCUUUAAACCCAAUUCAGUCAGUGAGUACGACGUGUACGGCUUCAAGACCGUCCCCGAGGAGGAGGAAGAGGAGGAGAAGCUGGUUGCGAAGGUGAGAGCCCUGGAGCUCAAGUCGCUCUCCAUGACGGACCAGGAGGUGUCGGUUGGUGUUAAAUGGGAGAACUAUCUGGCCGGCACCAUGAACAGAGACCUGGUGCGCUCCCCUGAGCUCAAAGCCCUCAUCCGCUGCGGCGUUCCUCACGAGCACCGCUCCCAGUUGUGGCGGUGGUACGUCUCCAUCCAUGUCAAGAAGUUUCGGGACCACCUGGAGCCGGACUAUUACGAGACCUUACUCAACGUAGCCCGAGACAAACCCAACCCGGCCUCCAAGCAGAUCGAGCUGGACUUGCUGCGUACUCUGCCCAACAACAAGCACUACACCUCCACGAGUGCAGGGGGCAUCCAGAAACUCAGGAACGUCCUGAUGGCGUUCUCCUGGAGGAAUCCAGAUAUCGGCUACUGCCAAGGACUCAACAGACUGGCGGCUAUUGCCUUGCUCUAUCUGGACCAAGAAGACGCCUUCUGGUGCCUCAUAGCCAUCGUGGAGGUCUUCAUGCCAAGAGACUAUUACACCAAGACUCUGCUUGGCUCACAGGUCGAUCAGCGUGUGUUCAAGGACCUGAUGAGUGAGAAGCUCCCCCGGCUUCAUGCCCACUUUGAGCAGUACAAGGUGGACUUCUCCCUCAUCACGUUCAACUGGUUUCUGGUGGUGUUUGUGGAUAGUGUGGUGAGCGACAUCCUCUUCAAGAUCUGGGACGCCUUUCUGUACGAAGGUCCAAAGAUCAUUUUCCGCGUCGCCCUCGCUCUGUUCAAGUACAAAGAAGAAGAGUUUUUGAAGCUGCAAGAUUCCACGGCCAUCUUUAAGUAUCUGAGAUACUUCACACGCACAAUCCUGGAUUCCAGGAAACUGAUGAACAUGGCUUUUGUUGACAUGAACCCUUUCCCCAUGCGGCAAAUCCAGAACCGCCGCUCCUUCCACCUGGAGAAAGUCCGCCUGGAGCUGACCGAGCUGGAGGCCAUCAGGCAGACGUUCCUCAGGGAGAGAGAGACGCGUCAGGACAGACGGAGCUUUGUCAGUGACGACGAGGAAGAUAACUGACCUCAAGCUUUUUUUUUUUUUUUUCAAACGUUCUGGUCUGAAUGUGAGAAAAGCGAGAGCGACGUGUUCAAGCUGUAAGAGGGACUUUUUUUUUUUUUUUCAGGAAGGAUCUUUGGAGUUUGUCUGAGAAUCAGAGCUGGAACAAUCGACUUUUCUAUAUCACUUUGGAUUCAUAUCUUUAUGAAAAGACCAAAAACAUCACAAGCCGAACAGGCUUUCUAUCAGUAUUCCUGCCUUUGUUUUGUAAAUGCCUCUUUGUUGUAUGCUUAUGUGUUUCUGUGACAGCCAAAACAGUAUGCUCUUCAACCUUCAGAUCAAAGCAGCAGUCCGAUUCAGUAUUUUAAACAUGGCUGUGAUUUGUUUUCAAAAGCUGGCGAUUUAAUAUCUGAAGGAAUGAUUUUAUUUUUUUACUCUUUUCACUAUGAUUCAGAUUUGUUUUCUUUAUAUGCCUACAGCUCCCUUCUCAAAAGUCUUUAACCUUAAUCUAUGUUUUUUUUAUUGGUUUGCUUGAUGCACUUGAAACAUUUCUGCUGAGAUCCACGUUCUGCUGAACUCCCAGUUUAAGUCUUAAGCGCCGUCUCAUGAAGACGUUCACGGUUUGUACUUGUCACUCCAUCCUUCAGGUGCUUGUGGUUCGAAGGUACCGGUACACACAAAGAUUGACCAUGAAAUCUUAAAACCAAAAAAUAGAAUCUACUCAUAUAAUCACAUUUAAAUGGAGUUUUCUUGGAUGUAUUUUUGUCUCAGGAUUCAAUUGAAAUACGUUGAGUCACUGUGUCAGACAGUUUUGAUUCCUCCUGUGAAUCUGACCUUGUUUGGCGAGAGUUUGUUUUCUAUACUGAAGUACCACUUUUUACUUAAAUUCUCCCGAAAACACUUAUCUAAAAGAAGUUCUGCAUUUUUAUUUGUGUACCAAUCACUGGAGAUGGUUACAAGAAUAAUUGAAUAGAGCCCUUCAAAGGACUUCUGCUCUGAAGUUAAAUAUUUAGUUUAUCUUUCACUCAUGUUGAAUUUUCUUGAAGCUGGGAUAACUGUUCUUGACCCUUUAUGGUGUAUUUGCAGUUAUUGUCCUAGGGGGGGCAGUGUUACAUUGUUCUUACAGUGUUCACACUAGUUCAUAGGUACAUUUCACGCUGGGUGAUUUAAAAGUUUUGGAGACAAAAGAGGCUAUCUUUAUGAUUGUUUGGCAAAUACAGAGAUAUGAGUCGUACUUCAGGAGAUUAUCAGACACGUGUAGGGACAUACAGCAAUAGUCAUAUUUCUAUUUUCUGCAUCCAGGUACUUCUAAUCUAUAUGACCCAUUCCUUAUUUCACUCAAUGAACUUUUUCUACCAUUUAAAAGAACAGACGGUUUAUUCAGCAGGAGUCUUCUACAGGUGUACAUGUUUGUUUUUUUUACCUUGUCUUUCAUGCUGAUUAGAUGUUUACUCUGUGCUGUAACUUUGAAUUCCUUGUACUUUCAUGUUACUCUUUUUGCUGUUUACAGAUUGUUUUUUUUUUCCCAUAAGAAACCAAAUUGAUGACCUUUGCUACAGAAAUGUCAGCCGAGGCCUUAUCCCAAACAUUGAACCUGUGAACAAAUGGCAGAAAUGCAAUGUGGUCACUAGUGUAGUGGUGCCUCAAGAAGUGGGUAUACUCUUAAUCUCCCCCCCCCCCCCCCCCAAAUGUUUUGGAGAGGAUAAACAGCCUCUGUUAUGAACGGUUACAGACUACUCCGACAUAUUUAAUUUGUGUUUACUAGCCAAUUAGAGACGGAGUAGGGAGAGUCAUCCCUUCACCAUCAGGGAAAAAAAUUGCAGCAUUAUAUUUAAUAUUGUCAAUCAGUCAGUGGAGUAAAUCAGAGGAGAUUUAGGAGUGGGUUUACCCUAUGGAGACUGAAAAAUACAUGGGUACACUCCGUAUAGCUGCACUACACCACUGAUUGUGGUUGAUUUCAUGAUAGAAAUGUGAAUUUAAAAAAAAGAUCCUGCAGAAUUGAAAACACAUUUGCUGUAUUUUAAAGAGAGCAGGUCUCUCUAGAAAACCAAACUUUUAAGCAUGAUCAGAUUUCUCUUUUAUCUCACUCUGUGAAAAGGCUCAUUCAAUGUCUUAUCUCAAACCACGACUUCUUUUCUGAGGCUGGUUUGUUCGCUGAACUUCACAUUGAAUAAGCUACACUUAAUUGUAUCAUCUUUUAUUUCCUUUUCUCUUUCUUUUCAGCAGUGUAUUGCACAAGUGAUGAGUUCAGACUAUUAUAGGGCACUUCACUUUCUUGUAUGUAAAUCUCUGUGGUAUCGUCAUGUUCGCGGUUAAUCUGUAUCUUAAUGACAAAGUGCUAAGCUUUUGCUUUACAGCAUUAAGUAUACCCCAGUUUUUUUUAUUCUGAUACCAGUUAUAAGACUUUAUAUUCAAUAAAAAAAAGGCUGACUGAAUG